CCUGCUGAAGGAAGUUGAACGCUGUUUAUGCGGAGCCGCCAGAGACAAUUUUACACUCCCUAUAAGGAACCCCAAUAUUUCUGCUGUAAAUCUUUUCAAGUAAGGGUCAUCGUCGACAUUGGAAAUGUCUUACUUACAAGAAACGUUUGAAGAACGCUGUCACACCACAGGAGCACCAAGUUACCUUUCGUUUUUCACUGCAUCAAUAUCGAUUGUACUUUUAGUUACAAAUAUCCCUGGGAACCUCCUUCUAAUCCUUGCUGUAGCCUUUGAUCCUCAUAAAAACCUCCGGAGCCCGUUUAACUAUCUCAUGUCAAAUCUAGCCGUCGCUGACCUCAUAGUAGGUUUAGUGACUGGACCGUUGUCGGUCAACUAUCAUAUUAAGGAAGGUCUGUAUGGGCGGCUAUCUAUAGAGGAAAUCAGACUGUUUCAUAUGAGUUAUUUUGUGUCAUGCACGGCGAGCAUUCUGAGCCUUGCGUCACUAGCAACCGAACGAUACCUCGCCAUCAGAAAUCCCCACAACUAUCGCAACAAGUUAACCCGAAAGAGAAUCCUCAUGACAGUCAUUUUAAUAUGGCUCGUAUCCUUCACACUACCUUUCAUAUAUUUUGAAGUGGGGUUUAUAACUUGUGCAUUUAUACUGGCAAACACUACAGUCUUUCUAGCUCUCGUUAUCAUGUGUUUCACUUACGGUCUGAUGAUAUACAAAUUCAAAACGGAUAAAACUCGUUUCCAGAGCGCGCAGAAGUCAGAAAAGAAAAAGAAUGAUCGGUGUUGCGUGGUCAGUAAAGAUCACCAGGACCACAGUAGGCAUGGUGACAAAACGAAUAGACAUGACGUCAUCAGUAACCAUGACAACGACUGUCGCCGUGACAACACGGUUCGCAUGGAAACCAAGGUCACAAAAAUGUUUCUGGUUGUCAUGGCAGCAGUGCUCGGCUGCUAUGGUCCUUCCGCCAUAUUGAUUUACACGAUGAGUUUCUGCGAAACAUGCAGCUGCGAGGCUUUGCAUUGGUUUAGAGAUUUGCAGUGCUUGUUUGUGCUUCUCAAUUCGUCUGUGAAUUUCUUUUGCUAUGGUUUAAGGUCGCCAAGGUUUAGGAAGGCGUUUGCAACAAUCUUGAGAUUACCAGGACGUACCAAAUUUGCAGGAAAUUCCAUGACUAUGUCAACUCCGUCUUCAGAACAUCAAGUUCCAAAAAAGCCUAAAGAUCAAAAGUGCUGUUCUGAUGUUUAAACAUUUAUUUACGAUUAUCAAGUCAUAAUUAUCACGAUAAAUAAACACAAGCAGAACGUUCCUCAGUCUUCCUUAGCUCACUUCACUACUGAGUUAUAUUCAAUUAAAAAAUGUAAAUAGUACAUAGCCAUUUGUUCUUAUGUUAGGGCUUAUCUUAAAGACGCUGUUGUUGAAACUCCUCGGUCUAGUAAAUUAUGUCUAUAGCUAUCUAUCUUGAA